CAGCCAGCCACACAUACUCCAAGUCGUCGGUACCAGCGGGUUUUUGAGCCGAGUUUUCAGUUUCAGUUUUGUUCAAGUGCGGUUCCGUCUCACGGCCCCUUAAAAGUUAUAAAAAUCAAUAGCAACAACAAGCUAUAACGCACACAAAUCGCUCGCAAAAUGAAGAAGUUUCUCGUCGUGUUUGUGGCAUUAUUCGGAGCCGCUGUGGCCCAAAGUAGCUUUAAAUGCCCUGACGAUUUCGGAUUCUAUCCACAUGACACAUCCUGUGACAAAUACUGGAAGUGCGACAAUGGCGUCUCUGAGCUGAAGACCUGCGGCAAUGGUCUGGCCUUCGAUGCCACAGACAGCAAAUACCUCACCGAGAACUGCGACUAUCUGCACAACGUUGACUGUGGUGAUCGCACAGAGCUGGAGCCCCCAAUCACCACUCCCCACUGCGCCCGCCUGUACGGCAUUUUCCCCGAUGAGAACAAGUGCGACGUGUUCUGGAACUGCUGGAACGGCGAGCCCUCCAGGUAUCAGUGCUCUCCCGGAUUGGCCUACGAUCGCGAUGCCCGCGUCUGCAUGUGGGCCGAUCAGGUUCCCGAGUGCAAGAACGAAGAGGUUGCCAACGGAUUCUCCUGCCCUGCCGCCGGUGAGUUGGCCAACGCCGGUUCCUUCUCGCGUCAUGCCCACCCCGAGGACUGCCGCAAGUACUACAUCUGCCUGGAGGGUGUGGCUCGCGAAUACGGAUGCCCCAUUGGCACAGUUUUCAAGAUUGGUGACAGCGAUGGCACUGGCAACUGCGAGGAUCCCGAGGAUGUUCCCGGAUGCGAGGACUACUACGGCGAUCUGGAUUUGAAGAGCAUCCGCAAGAGCGAGCUUCUAGCUGGAUUGAACAGUGAAGGUCGCACUAAGGGCGCGCCCAAAACCAAAGCUGCCUCCUCCUCAUAAACAUAAUAAAUUCAACUACAACAACAACCUACAACUUUAACAACAAUAACUAAACAACAACAACAGCAACUACAACUACAGCCCCAACAAAAAAAAACAAAACAACAAGAUCAAUCAACUCAGAUCCCUAGUUCCCAAACAUCCUGCCAAAAUCCUAUCACAUCACAAAAA